AUGUCUCGCAUUACCGCUCCUGUUGCAAAACUUUCUCGCGCUCUCAGCUCUACCAGCGCUGCCCGCGCCGCAAACCCGCUGCUUGACGCUUCCUCUUACAAUGCCGGCGCCGUGCUGAUGCCAAAGUAUGCCGAGCUGCUGCGCAACCGGAGAAGCACCAUUGAGCUGUCCGAGUCCUCUCGAACCCUCACCACAACCCACCGCCCUACUCCUCAGCCCUCCAUCGCCAACCGCGCAAAGCCUCUGAUGCAGACCUUCUCCAGCUCUGCUUCAUCCGCAACUCCCUCCGCCCACCUUGACGCCGCAAUUCUGCCCGGCCUCGCCAGCCUCAGCUCAUCAUCCUCUUUCGCCGACGCCCUUCCUCGCAUGCCUCUCCUCCCUGACAACUACUCCGCUGCGCAUCCCGCCCCGGCUGCUGAUAUGCCAGUGUCCAUUGCCAGCUCGUCCAUUGUCGCUGUCAACCCCGAGAGAGUCGUUCCCGCGACCCCGUUGUCUUCAUUAAGCGGUGUUCUGGACACUGUCGAGCUCAAGUUCGUGCAUGAGGAGCCU